GCGGCGGCGGGGCAGCGAAGAGGAGGAGGAGGACCGACUGAGGAAGGGAAGGUAGCAGGUGGGCUGCUGCUGGUGUUACCCACCUGUCUCUUCAAUUACUCUCCGGGUUUCUGCGCCUGCUGAGGGGGAACCAGGACGAGCGGGGGACCGUCGACGCACUUUAAAGGACGUAGAAAGACUACAGUUAGCCGGGGGGACUCGGCUCGUAGUAACGCUGAGGUCGUCAAGUCGUUUCUGGGCUCGGUAAUAGUUAGCUGCGGUUGUUAUUCAGCCGGAGGCAGACAGAGAGCAUUACAGGAGCCGCGGAGAGCCCACUAGUUGUUGAGUUGUGUGGGCUUGCAGGUGUUUCGUUAGCAGAAGGUGUGUGUGUGUGGGGGGGGCAUGCAGGUACCGACAGCCAGGAGGAUGGUCCAGUGUCCCGUCUGACGCUCAUUGUCCCUCACUCGGACCGAAAGUGACCAUGAAGGACACGGGGGAAUCAAAGGACCACCAACUAACUGUUGCUCUGAGGAUCCGACCCCUUAGCGAUGCUGAGCAGGAGGAGGCGGCUACGAUCGUGGCCCACAGAGUGAACGACCAGGUGGUGGUUCUGAUGGACCCCAUGGAGGACCCAGAUGACAUCCUGCGUGCCAACCGCUCCAGGGAGAAGACUUACAUGUUUGACGUGGCAUUCGAUUACUCAGCCAGUCAGGAGGAGGUGUACCGAGCUACAACCAAAGGGCUGAUUGAAGGCCUCAUAUCAGGCUACAAUGCCACUGUGUUUGCCUACGGACCCACAGGUUGUGGGAAGACAUACACCAUGCUGGGGACAGACAAGGAGCCAGGCAUCUACGUUCGAACGCUGAACGACCUGUUCCAUGCCAUUGAAGAGACCAGUGAUGACAUGCUGUAUAGUGUCUCCAUGUCCUAUCUGGAGAUCUACAAUGAGAUGAUCCGUGACCUGCUGAACCCAUCCUCAGGCUUCUUGGACCUGAGGGAAGACUCUAAAGGAGUGAUUCAGGUUGCAGGCAUCACAGAGGUGUCCACCAUCAACGCACAGGAGAUCAUGGAAUUGCUGAUGAGGGGCAACAAACAGCGCACCCAGGAGCCAACAGCCGCCAAUCAGACGUCAUCUCGCUCCCAUGCUGUGCUGCAGGUGGCCGUCAAGCAGCAGAGCCGGUGUCGAGACGUCUUGCAGGAGGUCCGCUUUGCACGCCUCUUCAUGAUUGACCUCGCCGGGUCUGAACGCGCAGCACAGACUCAGAAUAGGGGUCAGCGGUUGAAAGAGGGGGCCCACAUCAACCGCUCCCUCCUGGCUUUGGGCAACUGCAUCAACGCCCUGAGUGACAAAAAUGGCACCAAGUAUGUCAACUAUCGAGACAGCAAAUUGACUCGACUACUGAAGGACUCGUUGGGCGGGAACAGCCGUACAGUCAUGAUAGCCCAUAUUAGCCCCGCCUCCAUGGCUUUUGAGGAGUCUCGUAACACUCUGACGUACGCGGACCGUGCCAAAAGCAUUCGAACACGGGUAAAGAAGAACCUGAUAAAUGUGUCAUACCACAUUGCUCAGUACACCAACAUUAUCUCAGACCUGCGCUGCGAGAUCCAGCGGCUCAAGAAGAAGAUUGCGGAUCAGGCGACCCGCCAGCUCAACUCAGACCGGGCUGACAUCCGCCACGUCCAGGCGGAGGUCCAGGCUCACUCCAGCCAGCAGAGUCGGGCGGAGAUGGACCAGUUGAGGGAGCAGCUCUUGGAUGCCUUCCGCCAACAGAUGGAGAUCAGGAGAAGCCUGAUGGAACUGGAAAACAGCAACAUGGAGAUCCAGAUCGACACCUCCAAACACCUGCUAACCAUUGCAGACUGGGAGCAGGAGCGGAGUAGGCGAAGGAGGAAGUGGCGGGCUGAAAGAAGGAAGGAAAGUGUCAAUAAAGAUGAAAGCGAGAAGGACUCUGACUCCCCGGAGUCUCCUCCAGACAGCUCAGAGACCCAGCAGGUGGCGAUGGCCCGAGAAAACCUGGUUACACUCAUGGCUGAACAGAAAAAGAUCCACAAACAGAAGACGUUGCUCGAGCGUAGAUUUCUGGAGCUUCGGGAUCGGGCCCGCCGCUUGGAGGAGCUGCUGCCCCGGCGGGUGAGCUCAGAGGAGCAGCGCGAGGUCCUGGGCCUCCUCUGCAAAGUCCAUGAGCUAGAGAUCGAGAAUGCGGAGAUGCAGUCACAUGCGCUGCUCAAGGACAACGUCAUCCGGCAGAAAAACUUUGUGGUGCAGCGCUUCGAGCAGCACAGACACCUGUGUGACGAAAUCAUACAGCAACAGAGACAGUUCAUUAAUGACCACAGUCUGCUGGUACCUCCACACCUCCAGGAGCUGUAUGAAAUGUACAUGAGGGAGCUGGAUGAGAGGAAAUUGGACAGAGCCAUGGCCCUGGAUAAGGUGACCACCAGACACACCAUCAAGGAGGGCUCUCUACCUAAGAUCACUCUCCCCGGUCAGGGUCGAGACAACAUGCAGGACAUGGACUCAGACCAGGAGAGCGUGCGCAACAUGUGCUCUGAUAACAGACGAGGCCAAGCCAAAAUCCGAAGACACACUUUACCCCCCAUUCUUCCUGAGCCUGAUCUGGACAAUAACAGAGUUUUUAAGAACAGCCCCCACGCCAGGCAGAUGAAACACUCGUCUGUAAUGACGCCGCCUCCCAUCCACAUUAACGGGAAGGGCAACAGAGAGCUGCAGCCACUGGCUCCUGAGAGCUCUCUGAGCUACAGCCAUCUCAGCCACAGUGUCAGCAGCCACCUGGACUCAUCACCCGAGAGCAGCGAGGCUGGCGCUGACAUCCCCCUUUCACGGACUGAGCGGCAGCAGAUCCUAAAAGGGGUCCAGAACAUUGUAGUAAAAGCAGCCCGUCGACGCUCCAAAGCCCUUGAGGUGGAUGCCUUGCGGUUACCCCCUCCCCCCUCUCCCCUGGACCCCAAGAAGCAAAAGAGCAGCCUCUCUUUGAGUGAGGCUCCCCCUAGAGGUUUGCCAAUGCGGCGCGGCAGGCAGCCGAGCCCUGAGCUCAGACACGCCACCUCGGACGAUAACCUGUCCAGCAGCACAGGUGAGGGGCCCGGCCUGCAAGUGACCUGGACGCGCCCACGUAACCGCCAGGUCGCCACCAAGAACCAAACGCCCCGCGAAGUGGACUUCGAGGCUCGUCGCAAGAAGAGGCGCUCACGCUCCUUCGAGGUCACUGGUCAAGCACUGCCUCAAACCAAGACAACCACCGCUCAGAGGUUCCGUCCACUGGACAGCACAUCAGACCCCCAUCUCCACAAUAACAAUCAGCCCCAGGCUCCCAUGCUCCGCCCCCAGUACAGAGGGGUCCUUCCUCUCGCCAAAGUCAGGGCACCUCUCAACAGCCAGCAAACAGGCUCCAAUGCAGAGGCCUCCACAGCCCAAAUGAAUAACCUGAAGCGGGGGCCCCAGCUGCGGCAGCCACAGCCCCUCCUCUACAUCACCACCACAGGCACCGGGGGCCAGCGCACACGCAGACACUGAGCCGUUAGCCACAUUUAUCCUUGACACCAGCACUAACUCCCCAAACCAGCUGAGCCUGGAGGGGAACCGUCUCCUCCAACUGGAGAGCUAAGAGCAUCCAUUAAUACGCUCAUUAAUACGAACAGUUAACCCCUCAGUGACUGACAUUUGGCAUAAUUGUGAGGCAGUAUGACGGAGAUUAACCAGAAAAGCUGGGUUCCUCCACACAGUUCUCCUCUGUGCUUUGUUGUGGACACUGAGUGACGGCGCCGACAGGCUCUGAGACCUACAGACGCCGAAGAUUGCUAGACGUACAGUGCGUGUUCUGUUCUGUCAAGUGUUUCCACGUUAGCUUGCUGUCGUGCUGGAUCAUGUGUUAUUGUCAAGUCAGGAAGAUGACGAGCUCACUGUGAAUGCAACACUGUACUAAUGUUUGUGCAUUAUGAGUAUAUACGGUUUGGUAAUUUUCAGUGUUUGUCACGAAGGCCAGAAACUGAAACAUCAAGCUAAUGGGGGCUGUUGAUGGGACCUCACAGUAAUGAUUUAAAUGAGAAUCAAGGGAAAAGACUGGUUACAUUAGACACAGGAUAAAAAAAAGCCGAGAGGAUGUUACACUAAUGACAAUGUAAAAACUGUAUAAUGAGAAAAUGGCCUACUCUCAGAUUGUUUCAGCAUCAUUUUUUCUUGUAGUGAGGUUUCAAUUCAAUGACACUAAUAUUUGAGUAAAAAAAAAUAUCUUGAUUGUUGUGCACAUCUGGAUUCAAUGUUGUAUUCUCACUCGCCCCAGGUCUAUGCCUUUUCCUACCCAAAUGUGACUGUUAAAUGUCAUGUCUGUUUGUGUAGAUGUAUAGUACCACAAGUUGCUUUUCCAGAUUAGUUAGGCUGUAUUUUUAAAGAAUUAUUUAACUGUUGCCUUUUCUUUUAUGUUGUUGUUAAUGACAUUGUUUUCAUAACAAUCCACUUUCUAUGCUUUAUUUUGUACAUUUUUUUUAAU